GCUUCGAACGUCACCACAUACGUCAUCACCACGCGCCUCGAAACAAGCUUCACCAAAAUCUUCCUGAUCACUCGACGCACACCUCGAAACCUAGACACGUGACGUCACAUCCCUGCCGUUCACUCAACAUGAAUCCGCUGACGAAGGUGAAGCUCAUCAACGAGCUGAACGAGCGGGAGGCCGACCUCGGCGUGAAGGAGUCGGUGUCCUGGCACACGGAGUAUAAAGACAGCGCCUGGAUCUUUGUAGGAGGAUUUCCGUUCGAGCUGACUGAAGGUGACAUCAUCUGCGUGUUCUCUCAGUACGGGGAGGUGGUCAACAUCAACCUGGUGAGGGACAAGAAGACGGGGAAGUCCAAAGGUUUCUGCUUCAUCUGCUACGAGGACCAGCGCAGCACCAUCCUCGCUGUGGACAACUUCAACGGCAUCAAGAUUAAAGGUCGGACCAUUCGCGUGGAUCACGUUAAAGACUAUCGUCCUCCCAAAGACUUUGAGGACAUCGAUGACAUCACCAAGAAUCUGAGGGACGAGGGCUGUGCUCCCAAAGCCACCAGGUCGACCUCCUCUUCCUCCUCUUCCUCCGAGGAAGACGAGCAGUACGUCAUCCCUGUGAAGAAGCUGAAGAAAGACAAAAAAGAGAAGAAGAAAGAAAAGAAGAAAAAGAAGAAGAAGAAGAAGGAGGCCGAGCAGGAGAGAGGGGGCGGAGUGUCCUCCUCCGCCUCGCCUCCUCUUCAUCGUACUCCUCCCGCCGUCAGAGUCAAAGAGGAAAAGGAGGACAAUGCCUACGACAAGUACAACCAGAGGGGGGCGCCACCAGGAGGACAACUGAAUGGACAGAGAGGGGGGGAGGAGGCAGAGAGGAGGAGAAAUCAUGAGAGGGAAGGAGAGAAAGAGGAAGACAGACAAAGAGAGACAGACAGAGACAACAGAAGAGAGGGAGACAGACAAAGAGAGACAGACAGAGACUACAAAAGAGAGAGAGACGAAGACAGACGGAGGGAGACAGAAGGAGACGACAACAGAAGAGAGAGAGAGGGAGACAGACGGAGGGAGACAGACAGAGACAACAGAAGAGAGAGAGGGGGAGACAGACGAAGGGAGACAGACAGAGACAACAGAAGAGAGAGAGGGAGACAGACGGACAGAGAUGGUGAGCCAAGGAAAGAGACAGACCGGGACAGAGAUGACAGGAGAGAAAGAGAGGGGGACAGAAAAAGAGAGACGGACAGAGACAGCAGAAGAGAGAGACGAUGAUAGAAGACAGAUGGUGAAGAGAGAGAGAGACGGAAAAAGAAACAGAUGUUUGUUUCCUUCAGUUUAGAACAAUUUUCUUGUUGGAUAAAAUUUUCUAAUAAAACCUUUUGACUUGA